AAGUAAGUCAAGAAAUUGAGUCAUUUUUGCUUGGGUGAAUCGUUGUCCGUUUCCGACUCACAAUGAGAAUUAAGAUAAUUUUGUUAGAUAAUCCUAUUAUAAAUAUAUUCGGAAUGAGUGAGCGUCAAACUACAUUGACUGAUGAACAAACAAAUCAUCUCUUGGAAAAAAAAUCUUCUUUUGUUUUGGACAAAAAGAUAUUUUGAAUAAUGAAAACAAGCAUAAGAAAAUAAUAAGAAACGUCUGUUGUUGAAAAAAAGGUCAUACGUGCGAUUGUUAAAUGAAGCGUUACUGAACGGUGCUUAAUAAUAGUUCAAUUUUUUUAGCUAGUGAUAAAGAUGGAACAACGGAAGAAAUAUUUCAGAUUUUAUCUGGUAAUAGUGACAAACUAUUUGAAAUUCAACAUUCAAAUCAACUAGUACUUAUAAAAAAUAUUUUUGAAGAUAAACAAUGUCAGAUAACGGUACGAGUUUCUGAUUUACAUCAAUUUUAUUCGGAUGUAGUAUUGACAUUGAUAUUUUCAAAACGUAUGCUUGAAAAACCAAAAUUAUUAACAAAAAGAAUCGAUGGUUAUAUUUCAACACAAACAACCACAAUGAUUAAUUUAGGACAGUUAAAAGUAAAAGAUAGUCAUUUGUACGAUUAUUUAUAUUUUGAAUUAGAUCAAUACCAACAAAAAUACUUUUAUUUAAAUACAAUAUCCAAUAAUCAAACAGAAUUGUGGAUAAAUUUAAAUAUACCAACACAACAGACUCAAAAUUCUAGGCCAUUGAUAUUGACAGCGAACAUAAUUGUAAUAGGAUUAAAAAAACAAGUUUUUAAUAGUACCGAUAAAAAUAUUGAUUCAAUAAUGUUGAAUACAUCUGCAUUUUCGAACUAUUUAAAUCACGAAACAAAAUCAUCAUUUAUCGUAAAUCAUGUUGAUAUUCGUUUGUGGUCAAUCGAAAAAGAAAUGCUCGAACGUUCAAUAUCUUUCACGAUUCAACCUUAUCAUUAUGAACAAUUUUUUCUAAAUGGUUUACAGAAAUUAAAGUCAACAUUGGCUUAUAUAUUUGGCGUUAAUUUGAAAUAUGUUUACAUAUAUGCUAUACAACAACAGGAAAAAGACGAAGAACAGAAUAAUCAUAAAUAUUCUAGUCGUCUCAAUGACAAUUUACAUUAUGGUGAUGAUUAUGACUAUGAUUUAGAUGAUGGAACUAAUUUCAUUAAAAAUAACUCAACAAUCUAUUCGUAUCAAAAAAUAAAUGAAGAUAAAAUCAAAUCAAUUGAACUUUUAAUUUCAAUUGCACGUCAUCAAACACGUGUAUCAACAAAACAAUCUUAUUCUCUUCGCUAUUUACAUAAAAAAUUACUAUUCAAUGUAAUUAGAAACAAUAGUGAUUUAAUUAUUCGAUCAUCUCAAAUAAAAGUAAUUCAUUCAAUAACGACGUCUCAAUGUACAAGUGAAACAUGUAAAAAUAAUGGAAAUUGUUUAAGUAAAAUACAAUUAAUUCAAGAUAGUUAUUAUUUAUAUGAAAUGAAUACAGAUGAAAUAUACAAUUUAUUAAUGCCAAAAUAUAAAUGGAAAUAUCAAUGUUUAUGUACACCACAUUAUAUCGGAUCUCGUUGUGAUAUUUAUCAAAAACACUGUUUUUCAAAUCCAUGUUCUUCCAAUGAAAGAUGUAUAGAAUUAAAUGAUUCAUACGAGUGUGAGUGUAUCGAUGAACCAUGUAUUACUAUGAAAAAUAGUGAUGAUUUAUUAGAUGAAAAUAUGAACAAAGAAUGUAUUAAUAUCAAUUCUCCUACAUGUAGAGAUUCUUCAAAUUUAUUAACAUUCGAUGGUUAUAGUUAUGUACGAUGGAAAUUGAAUCAGACAAUGCCUAUGAUAAAUGCAACGUUUACCUUUCGAACACAGAUACCACAAGCUAUUCUAAUGAAAAUUACAACAAACUCAUUCACACUUGGCGUUAAUAUUAUUGAUGGUCAUAUAAGUAUAAACUAUAAUUCUAAACAAAUCAUGAAAUUAUCAUCGAUUCAAUGUAACGAUGGUUUAUGGCAUGAUAUUCAGUUAUUUAUUGAUUUUAAACUAAUAUUAAUUCGACUUGAUCAUGUUUUCAAUGAUUUAUACAAGAUACCAUCCUCAUUACUUUUCACGUUCUAUGCUGUGAAUGAAUUAACAAUUGGUUCUGAUCUUGGUGAUGGAUUUCAUGGAUGUUUAGGAAAUUUCACAUUCAAUUCACAAUUGAUUCAGUUGAAGAAUGAUAAAGAACUCAUUCACAUCGGUACACAUGAUGGAUGUCAAUUAUCGUUAGAAUUGGAACCACGCUCAAAAUUAGAUCAUUCAAUAUGUUCAUUAAAUCCAUGUUAUUAUGGAGGAAAAUGUUCACCAACAUUCAAUAGUUAUAGAUGUACAUGUUUAAAACGUUUCAUCGGUAAACAAUGUCAACUAGAUACAUUACCAUGUGAAAGUAGACCAUGUCAAGAUGGAGAACGACGAAUUUGUAGACAACAACAAAAUAAAACAGCAAGAAUGUUUGAUGAAUCUUAUGGACGAAGUGUAGCUUACACAUGUGUAUCCAGUCAUGAAUUGUCUAAUCAGUUGGGUUUAGAAGAUGUGAAUGAAUGUUUAGAAUAUGAAAAUUUAUGUCCAUCUAAUACAAUAUGUAUAAAUACAAUUGGUAGUUACUUAUGCAGUGAAACAAAUUGCACUUCUCAAUCAUGUUUAAAUCAUUCAACAGCUCUUUUAUCAACAUCUUAUUUUACACCUCAGUAUAUUCUCAUUACUGUCUCAACUGGUGUUGUACUAUUCUUAUUUACUUUAUCAAUUAUCGUAUUAUUUCAUUGUCGAAAAUCAGAUCGUUAUAAUAAACAGAAACAAAAACCGAGUCGAAAAGCAGCUCAAAAACAAAAAUUAAUUGUUUCAUCACCACUACUUUUAAAUAAUACGACAACAACAUCAUCUGAUAGAUGUACAAUUGAAAGUCCAGUACAAACAAUGUUGAAAUUAAAUAAUGGACAUAUUGGCGUAGGAAAACAACAAGUCGAAACAGUGACAAAUGGUCCCGAAAAUACUCUGAUCAAUGAAGAACACAAUACAACAUUUAAAAAGAUGAAUAAUUUCAAUGAAAAGAAUUCACCUUCGGAAAAAUUAAUUGCAAAAAAACGAUCCUCAUCACGUGAAUCACUAAAUCGACGCAUAAGUGAUCCAAAAUCGGCUCUCUAUUGGUCAAUUGGUAACAGAAAAAUGAUCUAUAAUAACAAUAAAAAUAUUCUACCAGAAAAUUUUCUCCAUUAUAAUGUUAUUGAAGAUGAAAGUACGCGAAUUCCCUUAGUUAAUUCAAUGAUUAACAACUUAGACCAUGAAACAGAACUUGAUCAAUAUUUUAUUGACACUAAAAAUCCAUUAAUUGAUUAUAAUGUGAAAAUAAAUUCACUGUCUAGUUUAACAGAAAAAUUAGCCGAACAAAAUGAUAUUGAAUUAACACAGUCGUCAAAUGACAGUAAUACUGAAGAACAAGGACAUGAGGUAGACGAAGAUGAAAAUAAAACAAUAUUAUCACUUAAACAUGAGCAGGAGAGACCAUUGUACGCUAAAGUUAAAAAAACCAAGAACAGUAACAUUAAGAACGCAAAUUUAUUAUCAUCCGAUAAUCGUUUCCGUUUGACUAGUACUACCUUAAUACCGUCAUCGAAUAAAUCGGUUAACUUGUCACCAUCGUCUCAUAUAUUACCUCAUAAUCACUACGUAAGAACUACAUCAAUUCUAAAGCCAUUGCCAUCGACAUAUUCUACGUUUAUUGAUAUUGCUCCGUCAGUCUUAUUAAACGGUAUUGAUUCAUCCGAUAUAUCGUCAAAUAAUGGUACUCUACCUUCAGAAUUAAAAUCAACAUUGAGUUAUAUAAAACAACAAAGUGGAACAAAUGGUUCGACAACAAGUUUAUUCCAUAACGCAAAUUCAACAACGAAUGGUGAUGGAGGAUGGAGAAUAAAUCCAAGAAAUUUAGAUAGUUUAAAAGCAAAACGAAACAGUCGGACAAUUGGAUGUAAUGAAGGAGAGGAUGUUGAAGAAAAUAAUAAUAUCGAUGAAACAAGUCGAUUGACAUUAAUGUCUACUCGUUUAAGGCAUAGUAGCGAAGGUAAUAUACCAUUGGUAACUUCAGAUAAUAAUCGAAUUAAAUUAUCGUCAUUUUUUCAAACCGAAGUUUAA